UCAGAAGAUCCUAUCCUAGGGUGAUGGCAUUUAGCCUGUGGAUGCCAGGUACCCAGGCUGAGCUAGCAUCCUCAGUGAAGAGCCCAAGGGCUGCUGUGCAAGAAAAGAAGCACGAGGGACCACUGUAAAUUUGUUGCCAAGAAGAGGAGCAAUGAAUUCCUCAUUUCACGUGCUUUUCUUGGAUCUCAACCUGAAUGCCACAGAAGGCAACUUUUCAGGACCAAAUGUCAAGAACAAAUCUUCCCCAUGUGAAGAGAUGGGCAUCGCUGUGGAAGUGUUUCUGACUCUGGGUCUCAUCAGCCUCUUGGAGAACAUCUUGGUCAUAGGUGCCAUAGUGAAGAACAAGAACUUGCACUCCCCCAUGUAUUUCUUUGUGUGCAGUUUAGCAGUAGCUGACAUGCUGGUGAGCAUGUCUAACACCUGGGAGACCAUUACCAUAUAUUUAAUAAAUAAUAAGCACCUGGUGAUAGCAGAUGCCUUUGUGCGUCACAUCGACAAUGUGUUUGACUCCAUGAUCUGCAUUUCUGUGGUGGCCUCCAUGUGCAGUUUGCUGGCCAUUGCAGUGGAUAGGUAUGUCACCAUCUUCUAUGCUCUGCGCUACCACCACAUCAUGACAGUGAAGCGUUCUGGGGUAAUUAUUGCGUGUAUCUGGACCUUUUGCACAGGCUGUGGCAUUGUUUUCAUCAUUUACUAUGAAUCCACUUAUGUCAUCAUUUGCCUCAUCUCCAUGUUCUUUACCAUGUUGUUCCUCAUGGCGUCUCUAUAUAUACACAUGUUCCUCCUGGCAAGGGCUCAUGUCAAGCGGAUAGCAGCUCUUCGUGGAUACAGCUCCGUGCGGCAAAUGACCAGCAUGAAAGGAGCUGUCACCCUGACCAUGCUGCUGGGCAUUUUUAUCGUGUGCUGGGCUCCGUUCUUUCUCCAUCUUAUUUUGAUGAUUUCUUGCCCCCAGAACCUCUACUGUUCUUGCUUUAUGUCUUACUUCAAUAUGUACCUUAUACUCAUCAUGUGUAAUUCUGUGAUUGAUCCUCUGAUAUAUGCCUUCCGCAGCCAGGAGAUGAGGAAGUCCUUUAAAGAGAUUAUUUGUUGCCAUACCUUCAGAAUACCCUGUAGGUUCCUUGGCAGGUAUUAAACAAAAAGUUUUUCUCCCUGUGGCUCUCUUUUAUCCUUCAUUUACCUUAUGACAAAAUCAGUUGGUACAGCCAAGGAGUAAGCCAGAAAACUAGAAAUCAAAAAUGUGUAGAACUGUUUCUCUUUUUUCUGUUGAAUUUGUGCUUCACUUUUUCCCCCUGUGGCAGUUGUUAGGUCAGACAUGCAUAUGUUGCUUUUAAAAUUUGGGAAUGCGGCGUGACAAUUUUUUACUGUCCUGUUUUCCUCUUACUUUUUCUUCUGCUCCCACCCAUUUCUGGUAGUCCAAUCUAUCCUCCAUCUAGUAAGUGUGUGCUCAGGGAAGAUAAAACAUCUUGGGUGCAGGUCUCAGUGUGAGGAAUAGCUAUAACUGAAACUAUAAUUAUAACUGAAAGAAAGGCUGUGUGAUUGCUUUCUUUCCAUGGAAGCAGUUUCAUAAUUUUGCUUGAUGCUCGUGGGAGUCAUGCAUGCUUUUCAAGGCAGAAUUGAGUGGUCAAAUUCUUUGCGUUUGAAAUUUCCAUUUCCAUUUCCAUUUCAUUUGUUAUAGGAUGACUCUACAGCUCUCUUUUUCUGAACUUUUGAUUUUAUGGCUUAUGUUCAUAAUUGUCCAAGAAUGGAAUUUCCUUACCUACACUCUGUCAAUCAUGUUUUUGCACUUACCUGGACAUAAACCUUCAUGCUACAAACCUUGCUUCAUGUAAUGUGAAAGUCUCUGUGACCCUUUCUUAAUUGUCUUAUUCUGAUUCACUCCAGGGUUUCCAAAUGAGUGUUUUGGGGUCAUGUCAGGGACUCUAGGUGCCCCCAUCCUGCAUGUAGCACAUGCCCAUAGCCAAGUUAUCUUUGAACUUCUCAGAAUCUGUCAUGGAGUCUGAAACCCCCUCACCAUAUUCUUUUCACAUUGCAAUCUAACUCCAGCAGCCGGGGGUCAGGUGCCUAUCUUUAACACAGGGAGUCUUGUUUUUUCCAAUGUAGAAUGGAGGGGGAAAAUAUGAGUUCAGGUCUUAACUUUGCCACCAACCAGCAAUGUUACCAUAAUCAUCUCAUUUCAGAUUCCACAUCUGUGCUGACCUCAUAGGAUGGCCAUGAGAACUGUAUGGAAAAAAUGUGAGAACACUUUAAAAACUUGUGAAGCACCAUAAAGAUUGAUUAUUUAUUUUAAAGAAAUGUUGCACAUAGAAUAAAUACUAGGAAAAGAUGCACCAGUCAGUGGUUGGAGGAAUGGCCCAGAAACCAGGAGGCCUGCUUUGCCAUAGAGCAGUUCUGUUAUGUUGGGCAAGUCUCUGACCACUGGGUCGCAAUGUUCUUAUCUGAAGUGAAGAGCUUGGUCCUUACAGCUCUCAUAUUUUUGUAUUAAUAUCUUCUCUUUUGUUUUGGAUAUCCAUGUCUAGACUGUUCCCAAUAAAGGAAAUAGUAUAAAUAAAGCUAUGGUCCAUUAGGGUCACAUAAUGAUGAACUGUCAACAGCUCAGGGGCAGAGGAACUUCUUGGGUAUGGCUCACAUAAAUAACUUAUAGACAUGAUACCCACCCUUGACAGCUCAGAGUCUAGGAAAACAGAACAAAACAAAACAAAACAAAACAGUGCUGGUACAAGCAGGAAAAUGCAUAAAACAUCCAAUGCUUUGGAAAAUGGCAAAUUAGCAGGUUGUUGACAACUGAGGUGUGAAGGGACAGCUAGCUCUUCAAAUGUUUCUGGUCCUUUUAACUGAACAAUCUUGUGUGUAUCCAUUAAUGUAAGUGAUCAGUAUGCAAUUAUGAUGGGAAACCACAGUCCAUGUUUUACAUGGGACAUCUCAGGAACCUAGGUUCUGUGAAUGCUGGCUCCUCAGCCUAUAUGCUCAUCUCUGUGGUCCUGUUGUCUGCAGCAGUUUCUGGUACAGAGUAGGCACUCAGGUGAUGUUUGUUAUUGUUGCUAAACAAAUGUGUACUUAAUCUGCUGCUCAAUAGCAGAUUGCCUGGUAGCAUUCACUGAGUGCUAAUUGAGGUCACUAGGUCUCUGAUCCUUGGGUAUAGUCAAACUUUGGCUCUAGAGGUUUACAUUGACUUCACCUGGGAACCCAGUACUUGUUAGGCUCACUCUCUGCUCUGGUGCUUCAUGGUUUCAAACAAGGUCUGACCUUUUCUAUAAGGAAAUGCUUUAAGGAAAUGCUCAAAUGUCUUAAUAUCUAUAUGAAUGAGACAGAAAUAACCAGUAUUGAGAUGUGUCUUCAGUUGGAAGGAAUACAUGUAUAUAGUGACAUGGUAAAUAUCUGUAAACGAGCCAAUCCCUAGAAUCCCAACACAAAGUCCCACUGCCCCCUC